AUGAUACUCAGACCACCUGAUAAUAAAUUAUUUCGUCAACAAUACUCAUCUACAUCAUCAGCAAAACAAAAUAAUACAUCUGUAGAGACGGUUGCUCCGUCAAUUACUGCUCCACGUUUUUUAUCUAUAUCAUCACAUCUACAGCAAACGAUCGUUGAUGAAAUUAUUAAAAAACCAACAUAUUUUCGUGGUUCAAAAGAUGAUGUUUAUGAUUGA